UUCGAGCGAAGGUAAACGUCACUACACCAUUUCUUACGUAAAAUAUCGGCUCGUCCCUCUAAUCCCUUGGCUUGUAGCUUGAACACCGACCGAUCUUCUGUCCAUAUCUUCCUGGAUUUGUGUAGACCAGACCCAUUGACGGUCCAUAUUUCUCGACCAUGUCUGAGCUUUGUCCACCAUGGGCACCAUUCUUCGGAUUCGCAGGAGUCACCAGCGCAAUGGUGCUAUCGACUAUCGGAGCCGCUUAUGGAACGUCUAAAGCAGGUAUAGGUCUCGCUGGAUUGGGUCAAUUCAGACCUGAAUUGAUCAUGAAGUCUCUGAUCCCCGUCGUCAUGUCCGGUAUCAUCGCAGUAUAUGGAUUAGUAGUGUCUGUCCUCAUCUCAGGAGGCAUAACCCCAAGCGAGCCAUACUCUUUGUUUGCUGGUUUCGUUCACUUGGCAGCUGGUCUAGCCUGUGGCAUGACAGGUCUCGCGGCGGGGUACGCCAUCGGUAUCGUGGGGGAUGCUUGUGUCAGGGCGUACCUAAACGAAUCACGAGUCUUCGUCGUCAUGGUCCUGAUCCUUAUCUUUGCCGAAGUCUUGGGACUGUAUGGACUCAUUGUCGCUCUCAUUCUCAAUACUUCAGUCGGUGAUGUGGUGUGUGGGGCAUAGAACGUCUUCCUCAACUCGCAGCCUCAUCACCUUCACGUUACAGCAUGCACGCAUUGAUUCAUG